AUGGAGGAGGGUUGCGCGACACCGAAGCGGCGAGAGUGCCGGAUACCGGAGGCGAACAUGUGUCCACCGCCUCCGAGGAAGAAGGCGGUUGGGGAGACGAAGCGGAAGCCGAAGAAUGGGUAUUUCCAGCCGCCUGACCUUGAUACUCUGUUUUCUCUGCCUCCGAGAAGUCAAGCGUGUGCGUAACAAGCUCUAUUUGUUAUACAAGAUGAUUUUAUUUGUUGGUUUUCCACUGUAUAUAGUUUUGAUCAUUUUUGGAAUAAUUUCCCUCCUUUUUUCUUGAA